UAGUAAUUCAAUUAUGAAAGGAUUAGAGGAUGAUACUUAGAAGAUAUAAAAUGAAGAUUUAAAUAUGAAUAAUGAAGAGAAAGAAAUUCUUGAAUAGAAAUGUAAAAUUAAUCUCAAUUAUUAUAUAAGAAUAAAUUUUAAACAACAGUGGAGUUUUAGCAGCUUAUGAAUAUUUUUUAAGAAGACUUUGUAAAGAUGGAUUUCCAAAUGGAAAUGUAUAUGAAUUUGCAGCUUAAGCAGUAUUGAAAUACGAAAAAAAAAAAUAAGCAGAACAGUUUCGUAAAUAAACUAUGGCUAAAUCACUAGCUGAACUUUAAUUAAGUAAAACUAUAAUAAUUAAAUAAAAGAUGAAUCUUUAAAGGCUUAAAUUUAAGUUAAAAAUGAAGGAAAGUAAGAGGGAAAAAAUGAUAAAAAUAAAUAGGAAGGAAAAAAUGAUAAAAAUAAAUCUCCAUAAAAAGUAACUAAAGAUUAGUAAGAUCAAAAGAAAGAAUAGAAUAAAAAAGAUUAAUAAUAAAAAGGGAAAGAAGAUAAGAAAGAUUUAAAAAUUCAAGGUAUUAUUAAUUCAUCAAAAAUUAUUAGAAAAGACAGAUCCAAAAUAAAAAAAGAAAUGA